AUGGCUAAAUUGAACGAAAUUCAAGCAUUGAAACCCAUCGAGCCUUCUGAGUUGUGGACAUUCGAGAGUGCACUCUCUCUAUUGAGAAAUGGUCAAGACCAAUACAUUUUGGAAGCGUUAGAUGAGUUUUUGCUCAAUAACAAGGAAUUGUUCUUCGAAGCCCUUCCAUUCAAGAGAAAGGGUGAUCAACCGUCUAACUAUAAGGUGGUGAAAGAUCUUUCCAUCAGAGACGUCUUGUACACUAACAUCUCACCAACAAACAACAGUGACGCUCAAAAAAUUAGUGAAACGCUUUCUAUAGAUUAUGAGGAAGCAUUGAGAACUAUAAGUCAAGUGUGUAAACGUAUCCCAGAAAAGAAGAGCAUUAAUGUAAAUAAAAAGUUGAAAUCCAAGAUACCUGACGACUUGGAUAACCAUUUGGAAGAAGAGAGAAUAGUGUUGUACACAACUAGGAUCUUAAGGGACAGGAGAGUUAUACUCGACAUAGUUUUGGAACUUUUGAAUAACAAGUUGAAUCCUAGUAAGUCUAUGGUUAUCAGGAACUUGGGUAAGGAGAUAUUCUUGUCUGAUGAAUAUAUAAACGACGUUGUCAGCGAGCUCAAGUACUGCACUAGAAAUUUACUUAAGAGGAAGGGACUCGGUAGUUCCAAGGACAAUGGCCCCAAAGAGAUCUCCAACUUAGAUCUACUUGUUGACACCGAAUCAAUAUUGAUAAUCACUGAAUUGUUGAAGGUACUUAUAGAGCUCAUUUCUGCGUCUCCAGACUCCAAGCCCAAGUUAGUAUCCCAAUGGUUUGAGUUCAUGGCAGAAACCAACUUCAUGUUAAUAGUCGGACCAGCUGUAGUUCAUACUGAACCUUUCAAUUUAAUUCAAGGUCUUGCCACUAUAACAUCAGUGUUGUUACUUGAUGUGUCUAGAAACUUCGGUUCGAAUGAGUUUAUGAAAGACAGCUCUACAUUUUCUACCGUAAACUCUUGCAUUGCAGAUGAUUCGAACAUUAAUUCCAUAAUCAUGUAUGUCUGGUCUAUAAUAUUGUACAGGCAACACAUCUCUGAAGAGAAAACAACCCAUUUGGUCACUAUCAACAGCCUUAACCAGCGAGCAGCAUCGUUGGACGUGUUCCAAAAUAUUACAAACUUGAAUGAACUUCUCAAGUUCGAUAAUUUAUAUGCCGCCAUCCUUUCACAAGUCAUAGUUCUGGCUAUCCCAUUAGUGAGCAUUGAUUCAAAAAUUGCAGCUACCAUACAUUCUGUGGUUAAAUCAGCUCCAGCACUGGUUAUUGAGUCAUUCUUUAAUGAUGAAUCAAUAAUUGAACUAAUCAUUUUAACCAGAGCAAAAUUCCCCAUUCAAAUUCUUCCAUACUUGAAAUUGAGUUCAAUUAACGGGCAGUUUGCGAUAAAUGAAUUUAAUAACUUAAAAUCUUUUAUGAGCUCAUUUAAAAAAGAUCAAUUCGAAAUGAUUAGUGAAAUCGAUGACCAAAAUACAGAAUUGGUAAAGCUAACCAAGGACAUUGAUUUAUACCCUCCGUAUGAAUCGAAUAAGAAAUUGUCCUUAUUUCUAGACUCCAAUACAAAGGCUAUGGUGUUACCCUCUGGACUACAAGAUGAAGUGCUUGUAACAUUCUUAUACAAGUACAAUGGUUGGGCAUUUUUAGGCAGAAUAUUGCAAAAUAUAGUAAGGUCGUCGUUGAAUAAUGAUGACAAUGAUAAGACAGAGCUAAUUAUUGACUUGAUUGAACUAUUGACCCAGGUAGUCCAAGACAACCAAGGUAGUGAUGCUAUUACCGUUUUGGAUGUAUUGGAUUCUAUGUCUGCUUACAUGGAUGACUCGGAUGUUAUUGAGAUUCUUUUCAGGUUAUUCGAACAAAAUUUACAUUCAAGAAAUAUUACCAUUUUGGUCUCGUUAACCAAUUUAUUCACAUCGUUAGUUCCAUUGAUUGAAGUUAAAAUAUGGUCUUAUUUGAGUAAAUCAGCUUUGUUGUCGUCUAAUGGGAGCAAGGAAGGUUUUGCUUCAAUCAUCUUUGGUGCCAUUGAAAUGAUAAACGGUGAUUAUCAAUUGACUAUUGCUUUGAUUAAUUUAGCAAAUGCAUUGGUGCAAGAUUGCUUAGGAUUGGAAGAAAAAGUCAACAAGAAUAAGUCCAUACUUUUGUCGAGAUUCAUUGAGUAUCUAAUUCAAAUUUUUGAAAGUUUCUCGCAUUGCAGAUUCAAUAAGGCUUAUCAAAAAAUGGAAAUUGGUUAUUUGAUUGUUGGGAUCUUCAGUAAUGUGUUGGAAAAUGUGUACUCUAUUGACGAAGCAGACUUACCUGUUGAUAAAGUAACUAAGAUAUUUGCAGAACCUUCAAUCAAAAUUUUGAAGUCAUUUUCCAUAGACAGUGCGACAAUCUCAACAUCAAGAACUUGUCACCCCUUGCUUUCGGUUAUUGAUUCCAUUCUGCAAUUUGACUUGUAUGAAUCAAGAGACUUGUCUGGGUACUGGUUCAAAAAGUGGGUGAAAUCAAGUUUGAAAUAUUCCCUGUUGAUAUUGACCAUCUGCUCUUCUUCUUCGUUUGCAUCCUCAUUUUCAUUUAGUUCCUCGACAUUUGUAAAGAGCUUGUUCAUAAAAUUACCUCAAUUGGUCGAUAUAUAUGCCUCACAUCAAAACUUGAGAAAGGAGGUUCUUGAUCUUAUUACUAACUUGACCAAUGGUGCUGCUAUGAUGAAAAAUUCUCCGCCACCAUCAUUAUUAUCUCACAUGGGUAGGGGCCAUUCUCAAGUGUUGCUCAAUAGCUUGAUCUCCGAUUUAGAAAAUUCUUUUGAUGAUUAUGAUAUGAAAAUUAGCUUGUAUGAUUUUAUAUGUGCUGUUUUGAAUGGUCAGCAAGAAGGACUAUCUAUGUUAUUCAUCAGUGGUAGAGAUGUUUAUGGAGAGAUUACGAAUAAUGCUGAUAAUUCUACACAUUCUAAAUCAAUACUUUCAAUAUUGAAGAAGAGCCUUCGUAACAUCAAAUACUACCCUGAGUAUGUAUCCUUACAUUUAGUUGAUGCAAUUUCACUCGCUUUCAAUUCGUGGACCACCAUUCGUGGUAAUGACGAUGACAUGGAGUUUGUCAACCUCUUGUUAACCAAAUUUAAUCAACCGCAAGAUAUCAAGGCACGUACUACUGAUGAGUAUAUCACUAAAUGUUAUGAGUUGAAGGUGUUGUCCAAAGUUACUGAAAUUUUGUCAGUAGUUGCAUACACUACAAGAAGUGAGUCAAUUAAGAAUAAGUUAGUUGAGGUUUUUGCCAAAGAUGGAGAGUUCAAAUUCGAAUUCUUGAAAAGAUUUGACACUAUUGGGUAUAACCAAAGAUUACAUGAUGAAUUGGAACAUUUAUUCACAGAAAACUUCAACUUAGAUGUUUCGAAGUUCAAUUCUUCACUUGUUAAAAGAAAUAGAUUUGGCCAAUCUAUUGUUUAUAAUUUGGAUUUGAUGGACAAAAUUUUUGGAAAAUCUGACUAUACAGAAAUCUGGCCAUCGCUCCGUGAACAUGUGAAAGCAUGUAACGCAAAUAUUCAAUAUCUGAGUGCUCAAAUUGCUGUUGUUAAAUCGCAUGGCGCUUUGUUAACUGCAUUUUGCAAAAGAUUUGGAUCAAAGUUGAGCUCUGAUUGGGUUUUCCUUGCCUCACAACUUUUAUUUUUCAAUGUAGUUAUUGACAGUCCUUCAGAAAUUUUCAUUCAAGUCUACAGGGAAAGAAUUGAAUUGUCAUUCUACAUAUUGUAUACAAUGACCAUUAACCCAGAUGUGAAACCUCCACUUCCAGAAAAUGUUCUUGAUAUAAUUAAGUUCAGUUGUGACUUGCUUAAAAAUAUAACUGGAACUGGCCAUUCAAGAACUGGUAAUUACAAAUCCUUGCUUCGCAUAUUGAAUUUGUCGCUUGCAUUAACCAAAAAUGAUUCAAAUACCAUUGCUUCCAACGCAAACUUAUUCAUAAAACUUUUCGAAUUAAUUAUCUCUAGAGGGAUGAAAAAUAUAUUAGUGGAAUUACAAAAUGAUGCUUAUUUAAUUCGUACUGAUAAAAGAUUUGUUCCACAGCACUUAGACGAAAAGUUUGAAAAUUUGUCAUUAAUCCUCUCCAUUUUGAAAGAGUUUGUCUCAUUGAGACAUUCAGCAUCAACCGAAUUGGAAAUGUCUAAGAUUGUUUCCACUAAUGAUAUCGUAAAGGGGUUGAUGAACUUAUACUCUACGCUGAAUUUGAUCAAGGAGGGCCAAUUGGUGUUUUCACAGUUAACAUUAAUGACCAUUCAAGAAUUAAUGACAAUUGAUCCAAUUGCUCAAGACUUUAUUGAAGCUGGCUUAUUCUUAAUAUUAACUGGUAGUUCGACAUCUGCCCAUAUUCAAAAGGGGUCGCUCUCAUCGUUAUCACCAGAUGAAGAUGCUAAUUACUAUUAUAUUUGGUGCAAUGGUUUAUUACCUUUAGUAUCACUUACAUUUAAAAAUUUGGGCCCCCAGAUCUUACCUGAAGUGUGCAUGUUUAUGAAAUCCUUCCAAAAACAGAUAGCUACAUGCAUUGAUAGAUGGUCCAAGAGUCUGUCGUCUAUUGAAAUUACCACUGUGUCUAUAUCAGAAACUAGACAGAUACUCUUCUUAUUUCAAAUGUUGAAGCUUGCUAAUGUCGAAGACUUUUUGAAAUCAAUGGGCUCCCCUACACAAUACACCAGCGAAGGUGAAGUUAUAGAUAUGGUAUUAUUUCCAGGCUUAGAGUCUAACAGCAGCAGAGAAGAGUUUGCAAACAAUUUAGUUAACCUUUUAAAGCAUCCGAAAUUUCUUUCCUCGAGGAUAUUUGGGAGCUCAGCAGAAGAGAAGCAAAUCCUCGAAGGUAAAGGCAACGAAAUGUUUUUGAAGGAGGUAAUGAAUGAAAUAAGAGGGUUAAAAGAUUUUUUUGAAACUGAAAAAUGA